UCAAUGGCCGAAAAUUCAAGGUGCAGCCUUUACACCUUUGAACUUUUGAAGCUAUUAAUCCUGGAGCUCGCCGCGACAAACAACAACCACAAUUCCUCACGAAACCUCACCGUCUGCAUCCACCAUGAGUUUCGUGCCUGUUAACCCGCGGCCUAUGCUGCAAGACCUUGUCAACAAGGACAUCGUCGUGCGACUAAAGUGGGGUGAAACCGAAUACCGCGGCCGACUCGUUAGCUCCGAUAGCUACAUGAACAUUCAACUCACCAACGCCCAAGAAUUCAUCGACCAGAAGUUUACGAGCGACCUAGGACAGAUCUUAAUCCGGUGCAACAACGUAUUAUGGAUCAAAGCCGCCGACCAAGGCGAGAACGGGGACGUCAAGAUGGGCGGAUAAGUUGAAGCUACAGUCGGGUCAGACGAAGGUGGCAGAUAUAUACCCCUGAAUGAAGCACUAUCUUGAUGUCUAGGAAGAACGAAGCAAGGCAGAACAUGACACACGGGUUUAUGAUGACGGGCAAGGUCUCGACAGCCUCGAGGCAACUGCGAUGAAUGUAUACGACCUACUGCCUGAACAGGAAACAGAACGGGAUGGGCAUUUUUGUUGUUGCU